CGAGCGCCCGGGCGGCGCCGGCGGACGGCCCAGAAGAGUGAGAACAGCAAAAAUCAAAUCUGGCCACAAUGUUAGCAGAGCCAGAGACCUCAGAAGGGAUGGAUGAGUCUGAGAGAAAAAGCGCAGGGCCUCCAGAAAAGGAAAACCACACUAGAUCGGCUGAUCUCUCUGAACUCUUGAAGGAAGGGACCAAGGAGGCUCAUGAUCGGGCAGAAAACACCCAGUUUGUGAAAGAUUUUUUGAAAGGCAACAUCAGGAAGGAGCUGUUCAAGCUGGCCACUACUGCACUUUAUUUCACAUACUCAGCCCUAGAGGAGGAAAUGGAUCGCAACAAGGACCAUCUGGCCUUUGCCCCCUUGUACUUCCCCGUGGAGCUGCAUCGGAAGAAGGCCCUGAUCAGGGACAUGGAGUAUUUCUUCGGUGAGGACUGGGAAGAGAAAGUGCAGUGCUCCCAGGCUACUCAGAAGUAUGUGGAGCGGAUUCACUGUGUGGGGCAGAAUGAACCAGAGCUAUUGGUGGCACAUGCCUAUACCCGCUACAUGGGGGACCUUUCUGGGGGCCAGGUGUUGAAGAAGGUGGCCCAGCGGGCCCUAAAACUCCCUAGUACUGGGGAAGGGACCCAGUUCUACCUGUUUGAGAAUAUAGACAAUGCUCAGCAGUUCAAGCAGUUCUACCGAGCCAGGAUGAAUGCUCUGGACCUGGACCUGAAGACCAAAGAGAAGAUUGUGGAGGAGGCCAACAAGGCUUUUGAGUACAACAUGCAGAUAUUCAAUGAACUGGACCAGGCUGGUUCCUUACUAGCCAAAGAGACCGUGGAAGAUGGGGUUCCCUUGCAUGAUGGGAAAGGAGAUAUACGGAAAUGUCCUUACUACCUUGGUGCAGACAAAGGUGCCCUGGAGGGCAGCAGCUGCCCCUUCGCAACACCCCUGGCUGUAUUGAGACAGCCCAGCUUCCAGUUCUUUCUGGCUGCCAGCGUGGCUUUGGCUGCCAGCCUCUUGGCCUGGUACUACCUGUGAAGGAUCCACUACACUGGUCCUCACCACCACUCAGAUUCACACCAUCUCAGGUGACUUUUUCUAAUACCAGGUUUGAGCAAACAAGCAACCAAUAAAAGCCCAACACUAAAACCUCUGCCUGCCAGAUGCUGACCAGGGUGUAGGCCCACCCUGCAGCCCUAGGCUGUGAUGUGAUGUACCUACCAGCUCUGCUCUGGGGCUCUCACACCUCCAACACCCAGCUCUUCUUAAUUUUCCCUGUUGGCACCUUUGCCCAGCUGGGAACAGAGGAACCGACCUGACUGGGCAGUCAGAGUUCUGGGAGAGAGAAGUGGGGGUCUUUGAUGCAGAAGCCAGCGUCAGCCUUGCCUUAGUCCUGGACAAGGUUCCAAACACAGCCUGAAAGGGGUAAGGGUCUGCUCCACAGAGGUUGGCUCAAGCCUGUAUAUAUUUAUGCUCUUGCACUCAAUAAAGCCAGCUCUGAUAGUUGUCUCCCUC